UGUUCAGCGAUGACAAGUAUAAUUUGAGAGAAACAAACCUCGACGCCGCAUAUUUGCUUAAUUUCCAAAAAAAAAUAGAAACAAGCUCAAAAAUUUAAUAAGAAAUGGCUCGUCGUUAUGAUUCCCGCACAACAAUCUUUUCACCGGAGGGCCGUCUCUACCAAGUGGAGUACGCCAUGGAAGCUAUAUCGCAUGCCGGCACAUGCCUUGGCAUACUGGCAGAAGAUGGAAUUGUGCUUGCAGCCGAAUGCCGCAGCACAAACAAGUUGCUAGACAAUGCGAUUGCAUCGGAGAAAAUUUACCGUCUAAAUGAAAAUAUGGUCUGCUCCGUAGCAGGCAUCACAUCCGAUGCAAAUGUAUUGACUUCUGAGCUGCGCCUAAUCGCCCAGCGCUACCAAUUCAACUAUGGCGAGGUCAUUCCAUGCGAGCAGCUCGUCUCCCACUUGUGCGAUAUUAAGCAGGCCUACACACAGUAUGGUGGCAAGCGUCCAUUCGGCGUCUCAUUGCUGUACAUGGGAUGGGACAGCAAGUAUGGCUAUCAGCUGUAUCAGUCGGAUCCCAGUGGCAAUUAUGGUGGUUGGAAGGCAACUUGCAUUGGUAAUAAUUUCGGUGCCGCCAUUUCUAUGCUAAAGCAGGAAUUGUCCGAUAAAGAAAACAUAAAAUUAGAUGAUGCCAAGGAUCUGGCAAUUAAAGUUCUUAGCAAGACUCUAGACACCACAAAGCUGACUCCAGAGAAGGUUGAAAUGGCCACCUUACAGCGCAUCGAUAAUACGACUGUCUACAGAAUCUUGAAGAAGCCCGAUGUGGAGAAGUUGAUUGCGAAUUACAACAAGUUGGAAGCUGAGGCAGAGGCCGCUAAGAAAGAAAAGCAAGCUCAGCAGCAGUCAAAAUCUUAAAUAGUUUUUUAAUUUGCUUGAAAUUGCGUUAAUUUUGUAUAUGAAAUAAAAUUUCAAAAUGAU